CGUCGAGGCGAUAGUGAAGAGAAGCAAAGGUUAUGCAGAAGCGGCAGAAAUGCGGCCGAAUCGACACGCAGCAUCUGAAAAACGAGCAGUGCAGACAAUUUAGACACGACAAAACCAGUACCAGCAGACCACAGGUCACCUAUUGAGAUUGGCAAAAACAAAGCGCAACACGGACCUACAUUCGCCGGCCUCCAAACACGCGCGUUGCGUCUUUGCGUUCCAUUCCAAAAGCCAUUCGUCUUUUCCGCAACUCACUGGUUAAAGUCACACAUACACACCAAGUUUCGCCACACUUCGCAUUUCGAUUGCAAGCAAGAGCAAAAGCAAAGCAAAGUUGGAAGUUGCUUGAGAAAGAAGGAACAACAGUGGACGACUGCGCAUGUCCUUGAUGUCACACAAUGAGGAAUUUUUCAUUUUUUUUUCGUUUGUCCUGUCUGCCCCCUAGUGGAAAAUUCCCAGAACUAAUAUACAGCAGCCACGCCCCCCAAACGUAAAUAUUUUUCAUUUUUCAGCAGAGAUUCAGACUUCAAGAUCUUUUUGGCAAUUUAAUCAUCUACAAAUUAUUGAAAUCUGACAUUCAAGAUUUAUGACAACCAAAACAUACAUUAACAAUCGAACUUUGAGAACCUAACCUUGUUCUAAGGAAAAUCUUAAGGCCCUUGGAUUUCAUCUUAAAAUUUAAAAAAACUUUCAGAUAUGCUUGCUCGAGUUGUUCACUGUUAUGGUAGGAACAUCUUCAACAGCAACCGAACAAAAAUCGCACAGCAUGCGCAGAUGAAUUGCAGUUUCUCAACAAACGGAACUGCCGAAGGUGCUCCUGUAAAUGAUAAAAAUGAGACAAAGGACGAGCAGGACAGUUCCAAUAAAGAGGAUGAUGUGAAAUUGAAAAUAUUCACAGCUGCAUUGCCUCUUGUGCCGCAGUAUGGAUGGACAAAGGAAUGUCUUGAAGCAGGUGCGGAAUCAAUUGGCUAUUCUAAGAGCAGUCAAGGUAUUUUUGAACAAGGCGGAGCCUCCUUUGUGCAAUUCUUCCAUAAAAUCUGCAACAAGGAACUUAGAGAAAUUGCUCUCCGCAAUAAAUUAGAUGUUAGCAACACAAGUGAUGAGCUCUCUAAAGUUCAAAUACUGCUGGAAAAAAGGCUGCAGAUGAUCUUGCCCCACCUUUCAAAGUGGCCGCAGGCCAUGGCUUUAAUGGCUCGACCGCAGAGCUCAUUAGAAUCCUAUAAACUCAUUUACGAAUUGUCCGAUGACAUUUGCUACUUUGCUGGUGAUCGUUCUUUUAAUGCCACUUGGUAUACAAAAAGAGCAGCAGUAGCUGGUCUUUACAUUACUGGAGAAUUGAGUCUAGUACAGGACAAGAGCAUCGAAUUUGGUGAUACAUGGUCCAUGUUGUCGAGGAGAAUCGAAGAUUUGAGGAAGGUGGAGGAAUUUGGCGGGCAUUGCGACAAGCAGCAGAAAAUCCUCCGAGACAUUGCUGAGUCAUCACUAACGAUGAUCCGCAAUUUGGUUGGAAUGCAGUCGUAUCGACGGAACUCUAGAUGAACCCUUAAUUAAAGAAAAGUUAAUUGAAUGUUAAAUAAAAAUAUGUUGAAUUAUGGAAAUAAAAUGGACUGUACAAGAUGAAAGUUGGAAUUAACUUUGUCAAGCAAUAGAAGAUACUAGUCAAUAUGUAGCCAGUACCGUUACCAAGUAAAGAACAAAGAGCUUUUUUGAGGCAUGUCUGUUGACUCUGUUAGAUAACAAUCCAUGCUGUCUGAAAUCUCUUGCUAUUUUUUUCAAUUACAUUUCCUGUACAGUGUUGGAAAUGAAAAUAAGUUCUGUAGUCAAAU